AUCUGCAGAAGGCUCUGUCCUGAUGCACAUGUGCAAAGCUGCUCCAUAUUUUAUUGUCUGCAUUUCAUCGCAGAGUCACAUUUCCCACCUGUCACCACAAGGGGUAUGCAGGACACAUUGUGAACGUGAAGCUCCAGUAACCAAGCUGAUCAGGGGAGCAGUCUGACAGUUUAGCCCUGACUGAUGGUGUAAAAUUGGAGAGCUUCACACAGCUACAAGAAGCUGCUGCUGCUGCCAGGGCUGUUCUUAGGACUUGCAGCAGCCAGAACUGGAGCUUAGUUUCUUUGAGAGAAGAUACAGGGGGGCAUUUGUCUCUGUUGUCUGCCAGCUGGAAAUCCCUGCUAGACAUCAAGGAAGAGGCAAAGGGCAAGUAGUGAAGUGCUAAGAAGCCUCCCUGCCUACUACUUUCCAGCACUCUGUGGAUUUAAAGAUGGGUUUUGUCUGGUCAGUCCUUAUCAAUGGGAUCCUUCUGCUCUUGCUUCAUGAUCCUAUCACUGCGGUGAAUGGGAAUAAGUAUGAUUGUGAUGGUCAGCUUGCUUCAUCGCUCCCUCCUUCCUCCUUCACCAGUUCCUCAGAAUUUUCUAGCACUCACAGUGCUGGGUUUGCUAGGUUAAAUAGAAGAGAUGGAGCUGGGGGAUGGUCUCCACAUAUAUCGAAUAAGUACCAAUGGCUUCAGAUUGACCUAGGACAGAGGACUGAAAUUACAGCUAUUGCCACACAAGGCAAAUAUGGAAGUUCAGAUUGGGUAACAAGCUAUCUGCUUCUGUAUAGUGACACUGGGAGGAACUGGAAACAGUAUCAUCAGGAGGAAGGCAUUUGGGAACUUACAGGAAAUACAAAUGCUGAUAGUGUUGUUCACUAUAAGCUUCAGAACCACAUACGAGCGAGAUACCUGCGUUUCAACCCAUUGGAUUGGAAUAUGAAUGGCAGAAUUGGAAUGAGAGUAGAGAUAUAUGGCUGCACAUACAGUUCUGAUAUUAUUUAUCUUGAUGGUAAAAGCUCCAUAAUGUAUCGAUUUUUUGAAAAGUCAAUAAGCACAACAAAAGACUUGAUUUCUCUUAAGUUUAAAACAAUGCACAGUGAUGGUAUUCUGCUUCAUGGAGAAGGGCAGAAUGGAGAUCGUAUUGCACUGGAGCUCAUUCGGGGAAGACUUUGUCUAAGUAUUCAUCUAGGAAAUUUGCAAUUUCAUGCCUCUAAUCCUCAUGUUAAUGUAUUCCUGGGAAGCUUGCUGGAUGACCAGCAGUGGCAUUCAGUUGUCAUAGAGCGUGUUGGGAGACAAGUCAAUUUCACUGUUGACAGGCACGUGCAUCACUUCUUCAUGAAGGGAGACAUCUCGUAUUUGGACAUUGAUUAUGAGCUUAGCUUUGGAGGGAUCACAUCACAAGGAAAAUCAGCAUCACUGCUGCAGAAGAACUUCCAUGGAUGCAUUGAGAAUCUUUAUUAUAAUGGUUUAAACAUCUCUGACUUGGCCAAAAGAUAUAAACCUCAGAUUCAUAUUGAGGGAAAUGUCUCAUUUUCCUGUCAAGAGCCUCCAGUGGUUCCGGUGACAUUUCUAAAUUCACAAAGCUAUUUGGUUUUACCGGGAUUAUCUUUGCUAGAAGAAGUUGCAAUCUCUUUUUAUUUCCGUACUUGGAAUAGGGAAGGCUUUUUGUUUGCCACUAGACUCAGCUCUGCUCCUUUCCAGUUUGUAGUGUAUAUUUCUGAUGGGAAGCUUAAAAUGAGUCUUUUUAAAAAUGGAAAAUUAUAUCUGGAUACAGUUACAGGAUUAGAACUUAACAAUGGACAAUGGCAUCAUCUUUCCCUGGCUGCUAAAAGGAAUCGUGUAAAUCUUAUCAUUGAUAAUGAUGGAUCUACAAGCCUAUUUAUAAGCUUACCGUUUCAAGUUUCAUCAACAGAGAACUACUAUUUUGGAGGUUGUUCCAACAACAGUGGGCACCAUGAAUGUAUUCAACCUGUCAGUACUUUUCUUGGAUGCAUGAAAUUAAUUUCCAUUGGGGAAAAUUUGAUAGACCUUACACAAGUACAGCAAAGUAUACUUGGUAAUUUCAGUGACUUACAGAUCGAUUUAUGUGGUAUUAUUGACAGAUGUUUCCCAAAUUACUGUGAACAUGGCGGAAUGUGUUCCCAAACAUGGAGGGAUUUUUACUGUAAUUGUUCAGACACAGGAUACAUGGGAGCCACUUGUCAUUAUCCUAAAUAUGAACAGUCAUGUGAAGCAUAUAAAUAUAAGGGAAACUCAUCUGGAUUCUUCUACAUUGAUUCUGAUGGCAGUGGGCCUCUUGAACCAUUCUUGGUUUUCUGUAAUAUGACAGAUACAGCUAUAAGUAUAUUACAUCACAACAAUACAGACCUGAAAAAGGUAAAGAGUUCCAAUCAGGAAAAUGCUCAUAUGAUGAAUUUCAAAUACUCUGCUGAUAUGGAGCAGCUCCAGGCUACAAUAAACAAUUCUGAGCACUGCAAACAGGAAAUUGCUUACCACUGUAAAAAGUCUCGAAUUUUACAAAAGCAAAGCAACAUUCCCGUCACUUGGUGGGUUGGGCGCAAUAAUCAGACUCAUACUUACUGGACUGGUUCAUUUCCAGAUGUAAACAAAUGUGCAUGUGGAGCUGAAGGAAAUUGUGCGGAUUCCCAAUCUUAUUGUAAUUGUGAUGCUGACAAAAAUGAAUGGUCAAGCGAUAGAGGAUUCUUGUCUAAUAAAGAUCACCUCCCAGUAACCCAGAUUGUGAUAACUGAUACAGAGAGGCCACAUUCAGAAGCUGCUUAUAAACUUGGUCCACUGCUCUGCUGGGGGGAUAGAAGUUUUUGGAAUGCAGCUUCAUUUAACACGAUAUCGUCUUACCUACAUUUCCCGACCUUUGAUGGUGAAUUUAGUGCAGACGUAUCUUUUUUCUUCAAAACUGGGUCACCCUCUGGACUAUUCUUGGAAAACCUUGGAAUUAAAGAUUUUAUUAGGAUAGAAUUGGAAUCUCCAACAGAUGUUGUUUUUUCAUUUGAUGUUGGAAAUGGCCCCGUAGAGGUUCGAGUAAGCUCACCAACUCAUUUAAAUAACAGCCAAUGGCAUUUUGUGAAAGCUGAGAGAAACAUCAAAGAAGCCUCGCUGCAAGUGGACACCUUACCUCAAAAGACAUACACUACUCCCUCUGAUGGACAUAUACGUUUGCAGCUUUACAGUCAGCUCUUCAUAGGUGGGACACCUUCAAGACAGAAAGGAUUUUUAGGUUGUAUCCGCUCCUUAAAGUUGAAUGGCAUUCCCAUAGACUUGGAAGAAAGAGCAAAGGUUACCCCCGGCAUAAAACCAGGGUGCCCUGGACACUGCAGUAGCUAUGGGAAUUUAUGUAAUAAUGGUGGAAGAUGUGUUGAAAAACAUAAUGGAUUUUUAUGUGACUGCAGUUUAUCAGCAUACACAGGAGCGUUUUGCAAAAAAGAAAUAUCGGCCCAGUUUGAUGCAGAGUCAUCAUUAACUUAUCACAAUGAAGAGAAUUUUACCAUGAUGAAAAAUUCAAGUUUACAGAUAUCUUCCAUUUAUGCAGAUUCAUAUUCUAAAGAAAACAUAGCUUUUCAUUUCAGGACAACUCAAGCACCAUGUUUAUUACUAUUUGCACAAUCACUAAGCAAAGCAUAUAUUUCAGUUAUCAUCUCCAGAAAUGGAAGCUUACAAAUAAGGUACAAACUGAAUUAUUAUCACGAUCCUGAUGUUUUUACCAUCAAUUCUAAAAACCUGGCAGAUGGUCAACUGCACAGAGUGUCAAUUAUGAGAAACCAAGACAUUUUGUUUGUGGAGGUUAACCAAUAUGCAUCUGAGCAAUUCAUUCUCAGUUCUGGCACGAAGUUCAAUACAAUCCAUUCUCUUGCACUUGGUAAAAUAUCAGUAGCUCAUGACAUUGAUGUUGACCCAGAGACUAUGAAGGCCAGUGCUAAUGGGUUUAUUGGAUGUCUGUCUGCUGUGCGUUUUAAUAACAUUGUACCAUUAAAGGCAGCCUUCAAAAACAGCCUUGCUUCACAAAUAGUAAUAAAGGGGCAUGUAUCAGAGUCUAGUUGUGGAUCAAUAAAUGGAGAAGAUGCAGGAACUGGUGAAACAACCCACUCCUUUGCAGAUCAUUCUGGAACAUUGGAUAAUGGAGAACAGUUGACUAAUGCAUUGAAAAGUGGUUUUGCACUUAUUGGAGGUGUAAUAUCUGUUGCAGUAUUCAUCUUAUUAUGCAUUGCUGGCAUAGCAAUAAGAAUUUAUCUUCAGAAGAAUGAAUAUAAAAAAAAUGAAGCCAAAGAAUCCGAACACGGGAACAAUGUAGAAGCAGCAGCCGCACUGAAAGCUGAGCUCAGUAUGCAAAAUACAUUCAACGAAAGUCAAAAAGAAUACUUUUUCUAAUGUGUUCCCAUUGUGCACCCAAAAAAUUGGACAGAAGGACUUUCUUUCUAAGCAAGGGAGAACUAGAUGAACAGCAAAACAAAACAUUCAACAUUUACUACAAGCAAACAAUGGCAUAGACCUGUGUUAAUCGGCAAAGGAUCAACCGCAGUGAAUACUGAUAGAGGCCUCUAACAAUGACGUGCGUCUCUUGCUGAAUGCAUUUCAGUGACAGCAGUUACUGUAUUACUGUACACUCUUAUUGUUGGUAGUUUCAGGUUGUUCUGAUGUGACUUUUCUGAAUUACAGAAUUCUAUAUCGAAUUACCGAUUCCAGACUAUUUUCCAAUUGAAGUUUUUAAUUCUGUCUGUGUGAUGGUAAAAUCUGAACUCAAAUUUCUUGCUUCAACAGGAGAGAUAUGUAGUGUUUUCUAUUGUGAUCUUAUACUUCAGGUACAGUACCACAAACCAUUAUUUCACUGACACCCAAAAGAAUUGGAUAUUUGUUGACAGAAUUUUAGUAUCGGUAAAUAAACAUGUAGGUACAACAAGCUGAUCCAAAUGUUCAGUUAUAUGUUAAGAUUAUUUUUGCCAUUUUAUUUAUUCCUAAUGAUCAAAAAAAUGAUAUAGCAUAAUUGCAAUUCAAUGGUAAAUGUGGGUUCAACCCAUAUAACAUACCCUACAAUAUAUAUAUAUA